AUGUUCGAGAACCUUUGCACCCUGCCUCUGUCCGCCGAGGUCUUUGCCCAGGUCCUCCACCCCACCGAGCCACUGCUGACCGUCGGACUGUCGACCGGUCAUGUCGAGACCUUUCGUCUGCCUCCGCCCGUAGAAGACGCCUCGGAUGCUUCCGGCGAUGCUGAUACUAGCGUCGCAUCGAGCGGCCGAGGAGCCAUUGACAGCGUCUGGCGCACGAGGCGGCACAAGGGCAGCUGUAGGGCCUUGGCCUACAACCACGAUGGCUCUGCACUCUACUCUGCUGGAACCGAUGGCUUGAUCAAGCAUUUCUCCCCCGAAACCGGCAAGGUCAUCUCCAAGGCCGUCAUCCCCUCCUCGAACAAGCAGAUCGACGCUCCGACGCUCAUGUACGUCCUGAACCCCCAGAGCCUCUUGAUCGCCUGCGACUCGGGCGCCAUGCACAUCUUUGACCUGCGAGACGGUAUCCCCUCGCCGAAGCCCGCGCAAACCCACUUCCCUCACUCCGAUUACAUCUCUGCCAUCGUUCCCCUGCCGCCUUCCGCCGAGAGCACGUCCGGCUUCUCGAAGCAAUGGGUCUCGACCGGUGGCACUACCCUCGCCGUCACCGACGUGCGGAGGGGCGUGCUAGUUCGGUCCGAUGACCAAGAAGACGAGCUGCUGUCCGCGUGCUACGUCCCCGGGCUCGGGCCCAAGAACAACCGCAACAAUGGCAUUGUCGCUGUAGGAUCCGGCUCCGGCAUCGUCACGGUCUGGGAUAGAGGCGCAUGGGAUGACCAGCAGGAGCGUAUCGUCGUUGACGGUGGCAAGGGUGGCGGCGAGAGCCUAGACACCAUGGCCCUCGUGCCUCAAGAACUGGGACUGGGAAAGAAGCUGGUUAUUGGGCUCGGCGACGGUAGUCUGCGUGUCGUCGACUUGGUCACUCGGGAAGUCGACAAGUCGCUGAACCUCCGGCACGACGAGGUCGAGGGCGUCAUCUCUGUCGCCUUUGACUCGCAGAACCGCCUGAUCACAGCCGGCGGCAAGACGGUUAAGGUGUGGGAGGAGCUGUCAGAGCUCCAAGGCGAGGCCGAAGAUAGCGACGAUGGCAGCGGCAGUGGCAGCGGCAGCGACAGCGAUGACGAGCCCACCGGCAAGCGUCGCGCGGAAGAUAGCGACAGCGACGAUGACAGCGAUAGCGACGACGACGGAAAGAGACGGAGCAAGCGCCAGAACACGGGAGCCGCGGCGGCGGCGAAGCUUGGCCCCAUGGGUGCUCACGGCAUCCUUGGGUUUGACGGAUUGGACUAA